AUGGAUGAUCGACUAGCUGAUGCGGAGGUGGCGGCAAUGGCGCGUGCUCAAUCCCAAAUUGUUGGACCCGAAGACUACUUUAUGAACAAUUUUGGAAAUGCUCCUGACGUGAUUAUUCCGUUGAGCAAUCCUGAUCCGGUUCCACUUCCCGAGCCUGUGGAGCUAAACCCGGAACCAACAUGUCCACCACCAAUAGUCAUCCCGGGUCCUCCGCGCCCUUACCCCGUACCAGUACCAGUGCCCGGGAAACGCGUACUAGUACCCGUGCCAGUGCCAGUUCCGUCUCCUCCGGAGAAGAUUUAUAUCCGCGGACCAUCUGUGCCGGUGCCUGUGCCGUAUGAGAAGAAAGUGCCCGUUCCAUAUCCAGUUGAUCGCCCGUAUGCGGUCCCGGCGCCAACACAAUAUGUCAAAGUUCCGUAUGCGGUGCCCGAAAUAGUUCCCGGACCCGAGAGGGAAGUCCCAGUACCAGUACCUGUCCCGGUGCCUUCACCUCCCGUUCCCGUUCCGUAUCCCGUAAAUCAUUACAUCACUAUCCCGGGCAAAGACAGAUUAGUUCCAGUGCCUGUACCAACGACAGCACCAAUGUGUAGAGGACAAAUGCCUUUAGCACCUUUCCGUAUUCCUGGAGAUGAUUGCCAUGUCCACGUGUGUAAGAUCAAAUUCAACUACGUCUACAUCGAAAGCUCUGUUGAUCCCAUGUGCACUUGGGAAAGCACAGGUACAAAUGCACUUGCAAGUGCAAACACCAAUGCGAAUACAAUGGGAUGGGGUGGUAAUGCUGCAGCUAAUGCUAACACCGCUGCCCUUAAUGAUAUCUUAUUUCCAAAUACCCAGGCAAAUGCUGCUGCGAAUACAGCAGGAACAGGAAUAUCCGAAGCUCAAGCUAACGCGGCUACAAAUGCGGCAAAUUACGGAAUAUUCGGAGGCAUAGGCAUUUCACAAGCGCAAGCCGAUGCAACAGCUAAUGUCGCAACUGGAGGACACAGUGGGCUUGGUGGCUGGUCUAGCGCCGAUACUAAUGCUGCAGUCAACGCUGCAAUCGGACAAUUUGGUGGGCUCAGUGGUUGGCCUAGAGCUGAUGCUAAUGCUGCAACCAACAUGGCGACCGGAGGUUACGGUGGGCUUGGUGCCUGGUCUAAUGCAGAUGCAAAUGCUCGCAGUGCACAGGAGGACGGGGCGGGGGAUAAAAGCUAA